UGUCAGUCUGCCGAUACCUUCUAAACAGAACUGUUGCCAGUCUGCUGACAUUCCAUUUUACUGUCUACUUGUAUACAUUUAUUGCAGUUAAACGUAAUUUUUGUACACUUCUACGAUCAAUCCAGAUUUGCAAUGGUACUUGCGGAAUUAAUCGGGGCUUUUGUCGUUGUUCUAAGCAUUGUAUAUAUUUAUUACAAGUUUGUAAUAUUUAAUUUCUGGCGCAAAAAGGGUGUUUUUUACGUCAAACCUGUUGUGCCAACUGGAAAUUUAACAGCUCUCGUAAUUGGAAAAGCGCAAAUAGGUGUACUCUUCCAUGAUGUCUACAUGAAAUAUAAGCAUCAUCGUGUUAUUGGAAUGUAUUCACUUUUUAAACCAAACUUGUUGAUCGCUGAUCUCGAUCUCAUUCGAAUUGUGUUGACAAAGGAAUUCAAAAGUUUCCAUGACCGUGGAAUGUACUGCAACGAAAAAGUUGACCCAUUAUCCAACCAUUUGGUUUUUAUGUCUGGAAAUAAAUGGAGGAAUAUGCGUGUCAAGAUGACGCCAACUUUCACUUCGGCAAAAAUAAAGCAAAUGUUUUCGAUUCUUAAAGAGUGUAGUGAAGAGCUCGCAAUGUAUCUGGAGACCAAAGCGCAGAUGAAAGAUUCCUUUGAGAUGAAAGAUAUGUUUGCAAGAUACUCAACGGAUGUAAUUAUGUCAACAGUUUUUGGUAUUAAAUCUAAUUGUAUUAAGGAGCCGAAUAACGAGUAUCGGAUUCAGGGAAAAAAAAUUCUCGAAAUAAAUCCAAUUUGGACCGCCUUAUUCGUGUUUGUGCCACAAAUUAUGGAUAUGUUUUCUAUCCCCUUCUCUGACCGAAACAUCAUCAGUUUUUAUAUGAAUAUAUUUCGACAAAAUGUAGAAUACAGGCAAGCUCAUAACAUCAUCAGACAUGAUUUUAUGAAUCUGCUUAUUCAGCUCAUGGAAAAGGGCUAUGUUGAACCUGAUGAUGACGAAAAGGCCACCAAUAUAUCAUGUUAA